AGAAACGGUUUUGCUCAGGCUCAUACUGAUGAACCCAUAUAGGCUCUUGCUACACGAGCAGUCUUUCUGCCAACAAUCAGCCACGCCGUCUCUCACUCGGUUCAGCGACGAGCGCACUCUACUUCACUGAGAGAGAAGCUAAAAGAGAUGGCUCGACAAGAAAGUGUUACCGUCAUCAACAACCAGUGUCCCGAACCGCCAAUUAUUCAAAAAGCUGUCAGUAUCCGACUCUGGCAACUCAUGCAGCGUCGUCUUCGUGAUCCGACUGCUGGCAAGGCUCUCAAGUCGAUCAAAAUCAGUGAUUCAAAACUGCCGGCUCCUGCACAUGGGGAGGAUAUCGAUAGUAUCUUGGACUUUGCAAAUGAUCCCGAACUUCUCUCCGUCCCACAAGCUAGUGCUUGUCUUGAGCCUGACGACUUAGCGGUUGAUCUAGACUUGCUUGAGGUCGGAUAUGGCGACGAGUGGGAAGAUUUGUUCACAGAUGCAGGGUUAGAUCGGGGUCGAGUUGACGAUGACAUGCUUGAUUGCUCAUAUGAUGAGCCGGCUGCUCACGAUGAUCAAAGUCUCGUCACCAGUCUGGUAUACGAUACAUCUCCCAGGCUGUUUGAAGAAGGUAUACUUGAGCUAGACGAUUGGGAUGACUUAGAUAUGUUAUGAAAACUCAUGUUCCACGCCCUCUUGAUUCUCGUGAUCAUGUCACCUCUCAUUCGAGGCAUGCCACAAGGAAUUGCUUGCCUUACAGCCAUUUUG